AUGAACCAGGAAUACAACACCUACUAUGGACAGGUCGCCCCGCAAGGAGGUGGGUACGGCGGCAGUACGAACUACUACAGCGGUGCCAAUGCGGCCACGGCUCCCGCUGGAGGGGUCGGCGGCGGAUACGGAAGGAACGCUGCACAGGCUCAGCCUCAAGAGCUACAGCCACAGCAGGCUGGCGUCUACGGUGUCGCACAGGCGACGUCGGUCGGUUCGUGGGGCAACACCUAUCAGGGCCUCAACGAGUACAAUAGUGGUGUUGCCACCACUGCAUCGACAUCGCUGCAGGGCUACUACGGAGGCGGUCCAGCAAGCACAGUCGCCAGCAGUUUCCAAGCCAGAUACGAUGGCUACGCGCAAGGGGACACGGCAGCCGCCCGAAGCAGUGGCAGUGCUGUCGCUGGCGUGAACAACGGAGUCAACACCGGUGUGGUGCCCAUGAGUGCCUACAGCCCUCAGCCAACGCAGUUAGCGCAGCAGCCGUACCACCCGCAGCAGCAGCAGCAGCCUCAAGGAGGGUACUACGGCAAUGCCAACGCGUAUCAGGUGAACAGCUCACCGGGGCCUGCUGCUGCUGGGGCACCGGCGCCGGCAGCCCUCAACGCCACAGACGAGAACGGGCUGCGGUGGACCUGGUCGUGCUACCCGACGACGUCGAAGACGAAGGCAAAGGCGAAGGAAACCCCCUCCGCGGCGACGCUGGCAAUGCCGGAGAUGGUGAUUCCGAUGAGCUGCAUGUACACACCGCUGUACCCCAUUGAGCCCAGUCAUCUCGUGCUUGGCGCAGCUAUUGACGAGCUGUGCUGUACGAACUGCGGCGCCUUUUUCAGCCUGCACAGUCAGCGCGAAAUGGGAAAGUACUGGGUGUGUUUAUCCUGCAAGCGCCGCAACUCGUUCCAGAACAACACCGCUGUCACGGAACAGCACCCGGCGCUGAUGUACGAGACGGUUGAGUUUGUGCUCGCGGACCCGCAGACGCAGGGGGUGGUGUCGCCUCAGCUGCAGCCAGCGCCGGCUUUCAUCUUUGUGGUCGACAUGUGCAUCCCAUCGGGCGAGAUGGCGUCGCUGCGCACGAGCCUACUGGAGUCGCUGCAGCACCUUCCGCGUGAUGCCCUCGUAGGUCUUAUCUCCUUUGGCGCCACCGUCUCCGUGUGGGAGCUUGGUACAAAAUUUGGUGUGGCUCUCCGCAAGUGUUAUCUCCUGCGCGGCAGCACGGCUAAUACGGCUGAUUCGCUCAAGAGUAUGCUUCAGGUCUCGGAGAGUCACCCCGUAUGGGGUCGGCUUCUGGCGCCGCUUUGCGAUGUGGAGGCGGUGCUCACCCUGCUGAUCAAGGAGCUGGAGGAGGAGGACGCCGCCGUGCCGUCAUCCAAGCGGCCGCUGCGGGCCACCUCGACGGCAGUGGAGGCGGCUACAUAUCUGAUGGAGGCCCUCGCCCCACCGCAGAGGACAGCACAGCAACAGUACGCAUUAUACAGCAGGGGCGUCAGGGGCGCUGCAGCGCCCGAAGGGAGCCUAAAGAUGGGCAAAAUUCUCCUCUUCACAGGAGGCCCGUGCACGCGCGGCCCCGGCGCCGUGGUCAGUACCGACAAGGCGGACAUGAUGCGCUUCCAUCGUGACAUCAUCGAGGACGAGACGCCCUACUACGACGCGGCCUUCAGCUUCUACAACGCGCUCGAGCCGCGGCUGAUAGCCGUGAAUACAUGCCUGGACGUCUUUGCCCAGUCCCUGGACCAAGUUGGUGUCAUGGAGAUGCGCCGGUGCAUUGACAACACCGGCGGCACUCUCAUCGUCGAAGAUGAAACGACAGACAUCAUGUUCCUGGAGUCGCUAAAGCGUUACUGGCAGCGCUGCGACUUGCAGGCCGGGACGGUGCAGGGUGAAGCGGUAGCGCAGGAAGGCACGCCCUCCUCGGGUGUGAGCGGAGGCUACAGUCCUCACUGCGGGUUUGCGGUGCACAUGGAGGUGAACACAUCCGUCGGCACGCUGCCGCGCGGUGCGCUCGGCCCGUGCAACGUGGAUGUAGAGGCAAACAAGCGCGGGCCUACGCGGCUAACCUCACCACUGGAAGUCGGCGCUGGUGGCACGACGCGCUGGUGCGUCAGCUACCUGGACAAGGGCAUGACGCUAUCCUUCUUGUUUGAUACCGCCACCGCCAACAGCCAGCAGUGCGGCAUGGAGAGCGCGCAUGAGAAGCGCUUCAUCCAGUUUGUCACACGCUACAUCACGCCGCGCGGUGAGCAGCGGGUGCGUGUGACGAGCGUCGUGCAGCCCACCACCCCGCCGACAGCGCCGCCGGACUACUACACAAAGGCCGGCGCCUUUGACCAGACGUGUGCGGCGACGAUCGUGGCGCGCAUGGCGGUGAGCAUAUUAGAGAAGCACCCCGGCAAAUGGGACGACGCAAAGCGGUGGCUGGACACAUUGUUGGUGCGCUUCGUGCGGCGCUACUCCACCUUCUCCCCUGGGCAGCCGAACACGCUGCGCCUCGACCCGUGCCUUUCCCUCUUCCCAUCCUUCAUGUACAACCUGCGGCGUUCCGAGUACUUCAUGGUACUCAACAUCUCACCUGAUGAGACGACGUUCAAGCGCCAUUGGCUGCUGCGGGAGUCCGUGGACAACUGCGUUCUCAUGAUUCAGCCAACGCUGGACUCUUACGACAUCGAGAAGCCGUUCGCCACGCCCAUGCAGCUCGACAGCAGCAGCCUGCGCCAUGAUAACAUUGUGCUGAUGGACGCCUACUUCAACGUCCAUAUCAUGUGGGGAAGCAUCAUCUACCAGUGGAUUGAGGCAGCCUACCACGAAAACCCGGAGUACGUCAACUUUGCCGAGCUGCUGGAGUCAGCAGAGCGGGAUGCACAGGCCAUCUUAUCGAACCGCUACCCGUACCCGCGCUUCUCACGCACGGACGCCGACGGCUCCGAGGCACGCCACGUCAAGACACGUGUGAACCCGGCCACCAACUACCACAACUCAGACAUGCAGUACGGCGCCGGAGUCAACGGAGCGGUGGAUCAAGCCGAUGUCAUCUAUACGGAUGAUGCGUCUAUCUUGGCGUUCAUGACAUCGCUCAAGAAGGCAGUAGUGACCAUCGACGAGAAGGCAGAAGAUUAG